AGCUCUUACUCCGUAAUUGAGAACUUAAAAUAUAUUGUCACGAAGUUAAGGAGAGUUUGCUAUAUUAGAUUAAGAUUUGGCAAGCAUUGGUAUUUUUAUGAUGUGGGUAUUUCCAAUUUUAUGUCUUUGUAAACUGCGUUGAUGUUGUGCAAGUAACAAGCUGUGAUGCUACAAUGUGAAUCUUAGGGUCUUUUGUUGUUGAAGUCUUUCUAUCAUGAUGACGUAUGAGGAUGUUAGUACUGAUAUAUGAUUUGUUGUUUGUUAGAUAAUACUAGGAUCAUCCUCAAAGGCUCGGCGAGAAAUUUUAACUGAGAUGGGGUAUGAAUAUACAAUCUUGACAUUGAUGAGAAAAAUAUACGGAUGGAAAAGCCAGAGAAGUUGGUAGUGGCUCUAGCGGAGGCAAAGGCGGUCGCAAUCAUGUCAAGGCUUCAGCUUUCUGAUUUCCUGGAGAAGGAUGCUGAACCAACACUUCUGAUCACUGCAGAUACAGUGGUGGUCUAUGAGGGGGCAAUCAGAGAAAAGCCAACGGACAAGGAGGAAGCGCGCCAGUUUCUCAAAGACUAUUCUGGUGGGCUUGCAACAGUCGUCGGUUCUGUACUUGUUACCAACCUUAAGACGGGAAUCAGUAAAGGAGGAUAUGACAGGGUUGAGGUUUAUUUUCAUGAUAUACCUGAUGAGGUCAUUGAUAACUUGAUUGAAGAAGGAAUUGUACUUCAUGUUGCUGGAGGCCUAAUGCUCGAGCAUCCACUGAUAUGGCCCUUUGUUGAAACAGUGAUGGGAACCACAGAUAGCGUGAUGGGUCUAUCCAAAGCUCUCGUAAAACAACUCAUAUUCCAAAGCCUCGUCUCUUCUGUACCUGCAGAUCGACUUCGGUGACACCCGCCCGCCCACCCUUAGGAUAGGCCAGAGGAAACUGCUGCUGUUGUUAUUGUUGUUGUACGUUUAUAUAAUCAUUAUUUAAUUUCAGCAAGGGAUUAGUAGAGACAUUCAUAGAUUUUUUAAGCAAGGGAUUUCGGGUGACUCUCCGUAAGUUUAGAGAUUUUAAGAGACUCUCUGAAUGAUUUUCAAGGAAUUAUGGUGAUUCAUUGAGACAAUAAAACAUAUAUGAAUUUCAGCUUACACAUAUUAGACAAA